UAUCGAGGAGCUGCGCCUCUUACCCCCCGGACAACGCACCUCUUGCUUUUUCCUCCAAAGUAUGUUAUAUUAAGUUUCGUGAAGCAUCGAGUGUUGGUGUGGCCCAGCAUCUAACUAACACGGUUUUUAUUGACAGAGCUUUGAUAGUUGUGCCCUGUGCAGAAGGUAAAAUCCCAGAUGAAGCCAAAGCCCUUUCUUUAUUGGCACCUGCUCCUACUAUGACAAGCCUGAUGCCUGGUGCAGGGUUGCUUCCUAUACCUACACCAACACCUUUGACUACACUUGGUGUUUCACUUGGCACUUUGGGAGCAAUACCAGCGGCAGCACUGGACCCUAACAUAACAGCACUUGGGGAAAUACCACAGCCACCAAUAAUGGGGAAUGUGGACCCAUCCAAAAUUGAUGAAAUCAGGAGAACAGUAUAUGUUGGAAACUUAAAUUCCCAGACUACCACAGCGGAUCAGCUGCUUGAAUUCUUUAAGCAAGUUGGAGAAGUCAAAUUUGUGCGAAUGGCGGGUGAUGAGACUCAACCAACACGGUUUGCUUUUGUGGAAUUUGCAGACCAAAAUUCUGUACCUCGAGCUCUUGCCUUUAAUGGAGUUAUGUUUGGAGACAGGCCACUGAAAAUAAAUCACUCCAAUAAUGCAAUAGUGAAGCCUCCUGAAAUGACACCACAAGCUGCUGCCAAGGAACUGGAAGAAGUGAUGAAGAGAGUAAGGGAGGCCCAGUCUUUUAUAUCUGCUGCUAUUGAGCCAGAGUCUGGAAAGAGCAGUGAAAGAAAAGGCGGUCGAUCUCGUUCCCAUUCUCGUUCAGAAUCCAGGUCUAGCUCAAAAUCCCGAUCUAGAAGGAAAAGAUCACAUUCAAAACACAGAAGUAGGUCUGGCAACAGAUCACUCUCAAGACACAAGGACAGACGCAGAUCCAGAAGUCCCCUAAAAAAACGGUCUAGAUCUAGAGAAAGGCGGAAAUCAAGAAGUCGAUCACGUUCUCGGGACAAGAAAAGAGACAAAGAAAAGGUCAAGGAAAAAGAAAAGACCAAAGAAAAGGAGAAAGAGAGAGACCGAGACAAGGAAAAGGAAAGAGACCGGGACAGAGACAAAGAAAGGGAAAGAGAUCGAGAUAAAGAGAGAAACAGGGAUAAGGACCGGGAUAAAGAUAAAGAGCGUAACAAAGAUCGAGAGAGAGUCAAAGACAAGGAUAGGGAUAGAGACAGGGACAAGGAUAAGGACAGGGACAAAGAAAGGGAAAAGGAAAAAGAUAAGGAUAAAGAAAAAGACAGGGAAGAGGUAGAUCAGAACAAGGAAAAAGAAGAUGUUGAGAAAGAUGGGGAGAAGGACAGAGAGAAGAUGAAGGACAAGGAGGGAGAUAAAGACAAAGGAGGGGACAGAGAAAAAGAAAAGGAAAAAGAUGGGGAGAAGGAAAAAGAGGAGAAGAGAGAAAAAGAGAGGGAUGAUAAAAAGAAGAAAGAGAAGAGAUCCAGAACACCCCCAAGAAGCUAUAGCUCUUCAAGAAGAUCUCGUAGCUCCAGCAGAGAAAGGCGUAAAAGGAAGAGUAGAAGUCCCUCCAAGUCUCCUAAGACAUCCAAAACAACAAAAAGAAAGUCUUCACGAACUCCUUCUCCAAGAAGAAACAAGAAAGAAAAAAAAAGAGAAAGGGAUACAAAUAAUGAAAGAAGAGAAAGAGAACGUUCCACCUCCAAGAAAAAAAGUAGUAAAGAAAAAGAGGGAAAGGAGAAAUCUGACAAAAGCACCACUACUUUGAAGGACAAAGAUUACACUAAGGAGGAUCAGAAUUCAGAAACUGAGAAGGAUAUUGACAACAGAGAUACGCAAAGGACAGAUGAAGUCAAACUACAACAGAAUGGGAACUGUCAACCAAAUGAAGAUAACCUCUCAAUUAAAAUGGAAGAGGUUUAAAGCAAAGAAUGAACCUCUAACUCAACUAAGGAAUGAAAUCCAAAGCUUUUUAUUUCCCAGAAUGAGGAAGAAAAUGUCAAAGCAAUCAACCUGAACAUGUUGGUAGUAAUAGUAGCUCUUCCAAUUCUUGUGAUAGCUUUGUUGUCUUCUUGCUGUAAAGCAAGAAGGCAUGGAUAAGUAAGUAGUUAUACCAUGAAAAUGCAGAUGCCAUCAGAACUAUUCAUCUCUGAAAAUCCACACAUUUCCAUGAUGGCUGUACUUAUUGGUAAAACGAUUUAUGUUAAGUUUUGCCAUAGGCUGUUACAAAUAAGUAGAAACCGAAAGAUGUAAACCUGUACUAUCUUUAAAAAAAAAAAAAAAAAAAAAAAAGCUGAAGAUAUGCAUUGAAGGUUGUUUAAAAUAUAGCUUGUUGAUGACUCUUGUGUUUUACCUUGUGGGUUAAAAAAUCCACAAAAACUUCAAUGUGUACUGUUUGAUGUGCUUGGAAAUGGUGCAUAACUAUACACUUUUGUUGUAAAAGGCAACUAUAGGAAAGGUUUUUUUGGUUUUUAUGUUAAAAUGCUCACUGACUAGUAUGUUUCUCAUUUGCUCACUGCUUGAAAUUCUUGGGUUUUAUUAUUUAAAAUAAUUUCUUACUAAUAUCCCUAAGCUCAAUAUUUCCUUUAAAGUAUUUGAACAAUGCAUGCUACUUUUCUGUUCCUAAAAGGAACAUUGCCAUGUAUAAUGAUACUAGGUUAGCUUAUUGGGUUAUUUUGGGGGUUGUUUUGUUGUUUUCUUUUGUCGUUCCAGAAGUGAGCACAUCUGUAUGAUAUCAUCAGAAAUUACAGCUUUGUUUUGAGAUGUACUGCAGUGUGUCUGUUCAGCUGCAAAUAGUACAGGUGCCAUUAUGAAAACAUUUUUUUCUUAUUUGUUUAAAAAAUAUGGGAGCACAAGCAGAAGCUUUAGUGCCUUCUUAAAAUGUGGUAUUUUCUAGAAAUGUAUAUGUGCUAUUACUCAUUUUCAGCUAAAUUUUACAUCAUCUCUAUUGCUGUUUUGCCACCACCAUACUGUAGACAAGAAUGCAAGUGAUUUGUCAGAAUGGAUGUUUAAUUCACUUCUUUAAAUACUAAGGCUCCAUUUUUACAUUUAUUUUUUAUUAUUAGAAAAUAUAUAGGUGAAAGCAAAGAUACAUUUUGGGGACCACCACUGUACAAAUAUAGUAGCUGAAUAAAGAGCAUUUUCUGGUCACCUGCAUCAAAGGCAGCCCUUUAGAUAUUUAAUUACAUUUGGAUGGCCUUAAUUGUUACCUCUCCAUUUUCUCUGUUAUACAUUGGGUGAUAUAAAAGGAAUUGUAUGCAAAGCUGGGGGGAUAAAUAAUUUGGGAGAAAAUGUUCUAAUUUACACAAGAGUUAUAUGGCAGAGAUUCUUUUUUCAUUCUUUGGGGAGAAAGCAUAUAGGAAGAUAAUGACAAAGCAGAUAUUUUUGUCAAGUAAAAACCUGAUUUGUGCUCUCUGAACUAAUGUAAUCAGUUUCAUCAUUGUGAGAUUUUGUAAGAGUCAUACUUAUAAACCUACUUAUACCUAAAAUCAGGUAGAUUAUUUUUAAUACAACUUAUUACAAUCAAAUGACUUAAUUGCCUUACCUCAUGGAAAGAGUUUCUUUGUUAAAACAAAUAGCAUAUUAGCGAUUUGAUUUCAAUUUGUUUUUCUUUCCUUUGUGUAGUUAAUUUUUAUGAAAAAAAAGCAUAUUACAGCAAAUGAAGAAUUUGCCCAAUUCCUAAGGUAAUGAAACCCAGUUUGAUUGUGAAGCUGCUUAAUCACUCUUCAUUUUUGAUAGGAUUUACCGUUCUUGCCACUGUGUACAUUUAAGACUAUAGAAAAUGCUUUACCAUGUAAAGUAUAGACAGUCAUUUUUGUGUGUUUAAGCCACAUGCUGUUGGCUGGUAAACAGCUUAUUCUGAUAAAAAGAAUGACAAAUCUGUACGCUUAUAGGAAGACUGUGAAAGAUUGUGUCUUGCAACAACAGCUGUCUUAUUUAUGAUGUGUAAGUAGCAUAGAGCAAAGAGAUUGUUUGUAUACUUGUUAUCUUUGGUACCAUUUCACUAAUAAAAUUAAGUAUUUUAGAGGGAAGUUUCUGCUGUUACAUACUUAUUAAAGGAAUAUUUUCAGUUGA